AUGAGGACUCUCUGCAGCAUUCUCCUGAGUCGUUUCUCCCAACUUCGUGAGACUCUCAUUGUUCCUGGUAGCGUGAGGUGUCAGUCAGGAGUCAAGAGUCGGGAGUCGGGAGGCGGAGUGAUGGACGGCGGUCGGCGGUGUGUGCUCGUGUUUAUUUGUUUAUUUGCGGUCAAACUGCUUUGGUUCACGCCGCUAGCUGUAGGAGGCCGCAGUAGGGUCACCAGGGAUUUGAAACAGCAAGGACUGAUAUCAAUAAUAAAGAAAAAUAUACAAACUAGAUAA